UCUCGUUAGCUGCUACCAACCAGCAAGACAAACUCCGGUGGGGUCGGCGCUCGUUCUUUCCAAUUCACAAGCGACGUUCAGUCAUCAGUGUGGCCCGAACCGUAGUCGCGACAGGAUAUCAUCGCGCCGCAGUCCUCGUCUGGUUUACGGAUGCGAACGUCGGGCUCACCCCUCGUUCGAACCGCUGCACCCUGCAACAACGUUCACGACGCGGGCGCAGUUCUUCGCCUUCGACUGACAUCCGGCGAGGCCUGUGGAUCCUGAUCGCUGAUUCCGAUCCGACUGGCAUAUACGUGAAAUAACGUGAACCUCCGUCAAAGCGGGUCUGCGAAUACACCCCUGAUAGAAAGGCGAAUUUUCAAGGCGUUCAGUGUUAUGACAACGAGCUAAAACGACGCCGGCGAUCGGGGCGAGAAGUUUUCUCAAAUCAAACGCGCUACUUGCUGGAUUUAUUGUUUUUAUAACGGGUCGAUUUGUGCCGUGAUCAAAAUGUCGUUCCUACGAUCAACCGGUGACGUUAUCGGCUUUCUCCUCCUAUCCCUGAUAGCCAUCGUCGAGGGAAUAAUCAAACUGUUCACACCGUUGAAAUACAGAAUGAAAAGUGUUUCCGGUGAAGUAGCCCUCGUCACCGGGGGUGGAAGCGGCUUGGGGAGAUUGCUCUCCCUGCGGCUGGCCAAACUUGGAGCCGUCGUCGUUGUCUGGGACAUCAACAAAGCCGGAAUUGAGGAGACUGUGAAACUAGUGCAAGCAGCCGGGGGUUUAUGCUUCGGAUAUGUUUGCGAUCUGUGCGAUCGUGAAGACGUUUACGAGAAGGCUGCUAUCCUUCGAAAAGAAGUGGGAAAGGUCACAAUUCUCAUAAAUAAUGCUGGCAUCGUGACAGGAAAGAAGUUUUUGGAUACCCCUGACCACCUAAUAAUUCGCACGAUGGACGUUAACGUUAUGAGCCAUUUCUGGACUGUGAAAGCAUUCCUUCCGGAAAUGAUGAAAAGCGACAAAGGCCACAUUGUUAGCAUCGCUAGCAUGGCUGGUUACGUGGGUAUUCCAAAACUGGUCGACUACUGUACUUCCAAAUUCGCAGCCGUUGGAUUCGACGAAUCUCUCAGGAUGGAGUUAGAGGCCGAAGGUUACAACAUUCAGACGACGGUCAUAUGUCCCUACUUUAUUCGCAGCACGGGUAUGUUCGAGGAUGUACAAUCCAGGUUUGUUCCGACUUUGAAUUCCAACGAGGUUGCUGAUCGAGUUAUCACGGCGAUGCGGUGUAACGAGAAGUACGCGAUUGUACCUGGCUAUCUCCAAGUCAUGCUCGCUUUCAAAUGGAUGUUCCCGUGGACUUGUGCAGCGAUGUUCUUGCGAGGUCUGGUCCGGGACGCGUCUCCGGGUCACGAGGUUCCUGCACCUUCCAAAAGGGAAUCCGCGGUCACGAGCAUCCCUUCGAAAGACCAAAACGGCGCGACGCUUCAUCAUCAAAUUGCAAGACGCGUAUCGAGCUCAGAGAGGAAACCGUAAAGGUGCUCAAUCGCUCAACAUCCUUCGCUGCUUUUGCGGCUUCCCGUACCUACGUAUAUACGGUGAUUUAUUCGUUGUUUAACACCGAGUGCGACGCGACGCAAUCAUUCCAUCUGGUGUUCUCUCUUACCAGAGAAUCUUGUUCAGCUACGAAUAAAUGAUGAUAUAUACAACAACAGAUAUUAAAUGAUAAGUCUCGCAUAUUGAACUCGUCACUCCAUCAACGGACGAAUUAUUAAAAUAUUACACAAAAUGUGGACAUGAUAAUAAUAGCGACGUUAAAACUGUUAUUACUAAUCAAAGUUAUUGUCCAUGCCGUGAUGCA